AUGACAGUUCACAUCAUUGACUUUUCCAGGGCCAGUUCCAACCCAUUAAAUCCUUUGGGACUCAACCUGAGAAAACACAUCUGGGAAGAGCUGGACAAAGCUUUAAAUAAUGAGGAAGUUACAAGCGUUCUGCUGACGGGAGGGAAAUCAGGUAAUUUCUCAGCUGGAGCAGAUAUCAAGGAAUUUUCGCAGCUGGAUAGUGUUGCUACGGGUACCAACGUGUACUCGCUGGUGGAUGUGGUUGACAAGAUUGAGAACUUUUCAAAGCCGAUUGUUGCUGCAAUUAGUGGCGUCGCCUUGGGUGGUGGAUUGGAGGUUGCUUUGAGUUCGCACUAUCGCAUCGCUAACAAAUCGAGCAAAUUCGGUCUGCCAGAAGUAAAUGUUGGUGUCAUCCCAGGUGCAGGUGGAACCCAAAGGCUUCCUCGAUUGGUUGGGUUUCAAACAGCUUUGACAAUGAUUCUCACUGGAAAGCCAAUCAAGGCUGAAAAAGCAAAGCAAUCCGGGCUUGUGGACCACAUCACAUCGAAUGGCGAAUCUGUCUUGACCUCUGGAAUCAAAUGGGCAGAAUGGGCAGCUCUCAUGCCACUAGUUGGUCGUAGAGUGGGAUCGUUGAAGAUCAAGGAGACCGUCGAGGAAGUGGAGAUAAUUGCUUCCGUAGCAGGAAAGAGGUUGCCACCUCAAAAUAAAGGGGGACAAGGGCUUCGUGCUGCUAUUGAGGCUACAAAAGCAUGCACCAAGCCAAUCAAGGAAGGUUGUACUGUCGAAUUAAACCUCUUCCUACAGACUCUUGCCGGUGAAGAAGGUAAAGCCAAACGACAUGCCUUUUUCGCAGUUCGAAAGGCUCAGAAGCCACUCGGAAAGCCUCCGUCCCAACAUCCUCUCCUCCAAAAGUCUGUGGCGUCAGAGACUGUUGCGGUUGUGGGCGCUGGGUUGAUGGGAAGUGGUAUAUGUAUGGUCCUUCUACAAGCCGGGUUCACUGUUUACCUUGUAGACGUAUACAAGGAAUCGUUGGACAAGGGUGUUGCUUUCCUGAGGGGCACUAUCCAAUCCUAUGUCAAACGUGGACGGAUGACAGAGGAGAUCGCCGCCAAGAUGCUAAAGUCGAUGAAGCCAACCCAAAAGUUCGAGGACCUUGCGGCUUGCUCACUCGUGGUCGAAGCUGUGAUUGAAGACAUGAAGAUCAAGAAGAAGAUCUUUUCAUCAUUGGAUAAGAUUACUUCACCAAGCUGCAUCAUUCUCAGUAACACUUCUACUCUCGAUAUCGAUGAAAUGGCUUCUGCUGUUUCCCCACAACGUCAGUCUCAGUUUGCUGGUUGGCAUUUCUUCUCACCUGCACACAUUAUGAAGCUAGUCGAAAUAGUUGCUGGAAAGGCAACAUCACCUGCUACAAUUUGUGUUUUGCAGAGUUUGACUCGGCGCAUUGGCAAGAUUGGUGUGGUAGUUGGCAACUGCGAUGGUUUUGUAGGCAACCGUAUGCUCAUCUCGUACAGUGCCGAAACUGCGCUGUUACUUGAAGAAGGUGCCGGGUCGGUUCCUACCAUUGACAAAGCCUUUAUUAAUUUCGGGAUGGCGAUGGGUCCUCUUCAGAUGGGUGACAUGGCUGGUCUAGAUAUUGGCUACAAUAUCCGAAAGCAAAGAGGUUGGAUUGGUGGUGGGACUGCUGCCAGAAGUAUGCCAAAACCUGCACGCUACCCAGAAGUUGCUGAUGUAAUCGUCGCAGACUACAAGCGUCUUGGGCAAAAAUCUGGAAAGGGAUGGUACGACUAUGACAAAAAUAUUGGCAAGGGACGCAAGCCUUUGCCAAGCAAAGAAGUUGAUGCUCUUGUCCGCAGAUACGUAAAACAUGGCAGCAAGUCUCUUGCAGAAAAGGAAAUUAUCGAACGAGUUCUGUUUCCACUUGUCAAUGAAGGAUUCAAGUGCCUAGAGGAGGGUGUUGCACAGCAGCCCUCGGAUAUUGAUGUGGUGUAUCUAUAUGGUUAUGGAUGGCCAGUUUUUCAUGGUGGACCCAUGUAUUGGGCAGACCAUCAAGUAGGAUUGGAGUACAUGUUAUCUCGCCUUCGAACGUUUGCAAAACAAUUCCCAGACACGGAUUACUACCAACCAAGCAAAUUGCUAGAAACUUGCGUUACAAUGCAAGUAACAGUCGAGCAAUACUUUGAACUUGGUAUCAACAAGCGUCAGACUGGUGGUCUAGUUGCUAAACUAUAA